UAAGUUAUUGCGGUUGAAACAGUAAUUGAAGUUAAAUCCUGAUUGCAUCAAAGCAAAAUGACAAUGUUACGUGGCUUUUGUCUUCUUUUUACAAUUCUAACACUUGUUGUUCUAAUCAAAGGGCAAAAUGACUAUUGCAACAUUUGUCGGGUUCACACAAUGUGCCGCUUUACGAAUCCGCAAUCAGUGUGUGGGGCAAGGGUAUCAUCUUUAACACGCGCACAACGAAACGAAAUUGUUAAUAUACAUAAUGAAUUUAGACGACGAGUCGCAUCAGGAAAUGAACCACGAGGAAGCCCUGGACCGCAACCACGUGCCAGAAAUAUGCCAAACAUGGCUUGGGAUGCAGAAUUAGCAACUAUAGCACAAAGAUGGGCUAAUCAAUGCAGAUUCGGUCAUGACACUUGUCGUAAUGUUCGACGCUUUCAAGUUGGACAGAAUAUAGCGUCAGCAUGGACAACAGGUUCAAAUCUUUCAUCAUUGAGAACUUUAAUAACAUCGUGGUAUGAUGAGGUGGCUGAAUUUAAUCGUAACCAAGUUGAACCAUUUGUGUACCUUGUGAAUACCCGACAUUAUACACAAAUGUUGUGGGCUGACAGUGUAAGAAUUGGUUGUGGAUAUGUUAAUUAUAUGGAUGGCAUACGAAACACCAUUCUAUUAAUUUGUAACUAUGGGCCAACGGGUAAUGUCCUCGGAGGCAGAAUGUACCAAGUUGCCCGCUAAACAGAUUUUAGUGCCACUGCAUUUCGAAAAUCACUUCUUUCAAAAACAAAAAAAAAGGCAGAAAAGACCAACUUACUAAGAAAUUUAUUGUCUUGCAGAAUAUUCCUUUUUUUAAUAACAAAAAGUCUUUUGUAACCAAACAAAAAAUAAACAAAAUAAUAAAUUUAA